UCACAAUGUGCAAAGCGAACAUGAAACAUGGAUUGGGGAUGCCCAGCCUACAUUCGCUCGUCGUACGACGAGCUCCACUAAUGGAUAUGGGUACUGCCACCAGCUCUGUGACAUCUGUAAAUCCAUCUACUAAAAUUGCUACCAAUCAAAAGAAAGUUGACAAGUCCAAUAAACUUAAUGGGGUCAGAUUGCCUUUGUUGCGCAAAGAAGCAAGCGUUGUAAAUCUUUCUUUGACAGAAAGGACCGCAUUAGGGAAGGGAAUAGAUACACCCUUGCUUAGACCUGAAAGUAGCGCAAGUUUGGAAGCCCGUGGUAGUAGCUGGCUGAGUGUAGGCCCGGGAGUAUUAAGAAAAUGUGAAACUGCAGUGGGAUUAAGUACUUCUGCGUUGGAAGGCAGACCCAUAAAUCGCAGUCGAGUUUGUUCUCGAUGUUCCAGUUUGUUAUCAUUGGCGUCCAGUUCACGCUAUAGUUUAGCUGCAGGGAAUUUUGUCCCUGCUGGUUCUCAGCAAACACUUGGACGGAUACUUUGUAAACUGUGUCUUAUCGAUACCUCUCUUUCCAAAACAUUUAAAAUAGAAGGCUGUGGUUGUUCCUAUUGUAAAGAUUGUAUGAAAGCAUAUGUUGAGUUUGAGAUCGAAGAAGGUGCAUACGAAAUUAGUUGUCCCGAUGCGCAAUGUGAACAUGGAGCAAUACUUUCCAUAAAAGAAAUAACAAGUCUCGUUAGUUCUGAACUUAUGGAAAAGCAUCAUAAAUUUCGAUUGAAUAGAGAUGUGUCUAUGGACAAAGCACGUGCUUGGUGUCCGCGUGCAGGUUGUGAAACAAUAUGUUCGAUAAAUGCUACUGGAUCAAGUGGAACUGCUAUUGGACCUGUUCAUUGUCCUAAUUGCUCUACAGAUUUCUGUUCUAUAUGCCGAGAGUCUUGGCACAGUGGCCCUUGUUCCGACCUCUCAUUAGGUAUACCAUUUGAUGGCGAUCAUAUCAAAUGCUGUCCUAUGUGCUCUGUACCUAUUGAAAAGGAUGAAGGAUGUGCUCAAAUGAUGUGCAAAAGAUGUAAACAUGUGUUUUGUUGGUACUGUUUAGCUUCUUUAGAUGACGACUUCUUAUUGCGACAUUAUGACAAAGGACCAUGUAAAAAUAAAUUGGGUCACUCGCGUGCAUCGGUUAUUUGGCACAGAACACAGGUCAUUGGAAUUUUUGCUGGAUUUGGGUUACUUUUACUUGUUGCAUCACCAUUACUUUUAUUGGCUGCACCUUGUAUUGUUUGCUGUAAAUGUCGUGUAUGUGGUUCAUCCAGACUUGAACAAGAGGAAGGUGAUACUACAACAUAGGCACUUUAAAAGGUUUCUCAAUAUUCCUGUAAUUUCUCUUCAGUAUGAUAAGCAGUUAAAUUACAUUAUUCAAUAUAUGAACGCAAUUGGUGACUUAUAUAGAUAUACAUUGAAUCUGGAGCAUCGUAUCGCUGUAAUAGAGGGAAUGCGAGAAAUGUAACAUCUAUGACUCACAUAAGAUUCCGUAAAAUCCUCGUGAUAAAGGAGUAGCAUUCUAGUUUGUAUUAUUUAAGAAUGUUAUUUGUAAUCGGAAGUUAUUUUGACUGUUAACGUAUUACUUGCAAAUCUUUGAGCAAAUGAAAUAUC